AAAAGCCCAUAAAAGCAAAGAAAAUCUGUGUUACUACAUUAAACAUUUCCAUUAAAAUACUAUCCUUUACAAACAGAUCACAUUCAUGUCACCUUGGCCCCCAAAUAACCAUAUUUGUCAGUUUCUAAUUUUCUCAUUUUCCUUUCAAUAAAUAAUUCUGAGUGACACUAUUGAUCUUCUAUACCAACUGUCCUUUUGAAUUCUUGAUUUUUUUUUUUUUUAUUCAUAGCUUCAUGGUCUGGUUUUCUUCUUCUUAGUCAAGUCCAAGAAGUACUUUUUAUUCAGUCAAUAGAACAAGUCUUUGAAGCCAAAACAUGGCCACUCUGGGUGAUAUAGGUGUUGCAGCUGCUAUUAACAUUCUGAGCGCAUGUGUUUUCUUAAUUGCAUUUGCAAUUCUUCGAAUACAACCUGUCAAUGAUAGGGUAUACUUCCCAAAAUGGUACCUUAAGGGAUUAAGAAGCAGUCCUUUGCACUCUGGUACAAUUGUCAACAAGUUUGUCAACCUGGACUUUCGUGCAUACCUGAAGUUUCUGAAUUGGAUGCCUGCUGCAUUGCAAAUGCCAGAACCAGAGCUUAUUGACCAUGCAGGAUUGGACUCUGCUGUCUACUUGAGGAUUUAUUUGAUAGGGCUUAAAAUAUUUGUCCCAAUUGCUUUUAUUGCUUUCUCAGUCAUGGUUCCUGUUAAUUGGACCAACCAUACAUUGGAGCGUACUAAUUUGACUUACAGUGAUUUAGACAAGCUUUCAAUUUCAAACAUUCCUCUGGGAUCACAGAGAUUCUGGACCCAUCUGGUUAUGGCUUACAUCUUUACUUUCUGGACUUGCUAUGUGCUGAAAAGAGAGUAUGAGAUAGUUGCAUCGAUGAGGUUGCAUUUUCUUGCAUCUGAACGUCGACGACCAGAUCAAUUUACAGUACUUGUCAGAAAUGUGCCACCAGAUGCUGAUGAGUCAGUGAGUGAGCUGGUAGAGCACUUCUUCAUGGUCAACCAUCAAGAUCAUUACUUAACUCAUCAGGUUGUAUACAAUGCCAACAAGUUGACAAAGCUAGUCAAUGAGAAGAAGAAAAAGCAGAAUUGGCUUGACUAUUAUCAACUCAAGUAUACUAGAAAUCAGUCCAAAAGGCCAACAUCAAAGACUGGUUUUCUGGGCUUAUGCGGCAAGACCGUUGAUGCGAUUGAUUUCAAUACUUCUGAAAUUGAAAAGCUCUCAAAAAAAAUAUCUGAUGAGAGAAUGAAUAUUAUUGGGAGCACCAAGUAUAUUAUGCCAGCAGCAUUUGUUUCUUUUAGAACAAGAUGGGCAGCUGCGGUUUGUGCACAAACACAACAAGCCAGAAAUCCAACAGUGUGGUUAACUGAGUGGGCUCCCGAGCCCCGUGAUGUCUACUGGGAUAAUUUGGCAAUUCCUUAUGUUUCACUGUCAAUUAGGAGGCUUAUUGCUGCUGUGGCAUUUUUCUUCCUUACCUUCUUUUUCAUGAUCCCGAUUGCAUUUGUACAGUCCCUUGCUAAUAUAGAGGGAAUAGAGAAAGCAUUACCUUUCUUGAAAUCCUUAAUUGAAACUAAAGCUGUAAAAUCCUUCAUACAAGGAUUCCUCCCUGGAAUUGCAUUGAAGAUUUUCCUUGUCUUCCUACCUUCAAUAUUGAUGCAAAUGUCAAAAUUUGAAGGAUUUAGCUCCAUAUCAGCUCUUGAAAGGAGAGCUGCAACAAGAUAUUAUAUUUUUCAGUUUGUUAAUGUAUUUCUUGGAAGCAUUAUUACUGGGACCGCAUUUCAGCAGCUAAAUAAUUUCAUGCAUCAGUCAGCAAACGAAAUACCAAAGACAGUUGGUGUAUCCAUUCCGAUGAAGGCAACCUUCUUCAUAACUUACAUAAUGGUGGAUGGGUGGGCAGGAGUCGCUGGAGAGAUACUUAGGUUGAAGCCAUUAAUAUUCUUUCACUUGAAAAACUUCUUCCUGGUGAAGACUGAGAAGGACAGAGAAGAGGCAAUGGAUCCAGGAAGUCUGGGGUUCAACACUGGUGAACCUCAGAUACAGCUCUAUUUCUUACUUGGCCUUGUUUAUGCUGUUGUAUCACCAAUCCUACUCCCUUUCAUCAUAGUAUUUUUCUGCCUGGCAUAUGUUGUAUAUCGGCAUCAGAUUAUAAAUGUCUAUAACCAGGAGUAUGAAAGUGCAGCCGCAUUCUGGCCUGAUGUACAUGGGCGUAUUUUAACCGCGUUGAUAGUCUCUCAAUUGCUUCUAAUGGGAUUGUUAAGUACAAAGGGCGCUUCUCAUUCGACUCCACUGCUAAUUACACUCCCUGUACUAACCAUAUGGUUCCGUUUGUUCUGCAAAGGUCGUUAUGAGCCGGCUUUUAUCAGAUAUCCAUUGCAGGAAACAGUGAGGAAAGAUACGCUAGAACGUACGAAGGAGCCAAACUUGAACUUGAAAGAGUACCUUCAGAAUGCUUAUAUCCACCCUGUUUUCAAAGGUGAAGAAGAUAGUGAAAGUGAUGCAGCGAGUGAAGAUGGGGAGCUGGAACCUUCACUUGUCCAAACAAAACGCCAAUCGCGUUUCAACACACCAUUGCCAAGCAAAAGGAGUGGUUCAUCUCCUCCAUUGUUAUCUGAUUUCGAUGCAACUACGCGGGUAUAGUUGGAAAAGCCUCUGAUUUAUAUAGUUAGCAUCUUACAGAUAAAGUCAACUUGAAGGAGGAGCAGCUUGGUCGAAGUACUCUUAGUCGAAACAUGCAAGUUUUUGUGAGCUGGCAGAAAUCUGUUUGGCCUGCAUGUUUUUCAAGGUUAUAGAGUUGUUUAGUUUUGUACAUAACCUUCUUGGUUCUCUGUUACUUUACUGGAAGUUCUGAUUUCCUGUCUGGCUUUCUAAAAUCAGCUGUUAAAAAAAGGUGGCAUUAGAAAGGAAAUGAUCAUUCAUUCAUUUGUUGGCAUUUUGCAUCAAUGAUAAGUCCUUCUUGUCCAAGAAAA